CAUACGAGCCUCUUUACGCAAAAUGUCAGCCACAUCAUGAUCUAUAGUUUGCACAACACCUCAGUUUUAGGCUAAUUUAAAUAGCAGUUCUCAGCAACUAUAGUUGAACGACAAGCCCUUAAUUCUGAAAGUGAGCAGCAUUUGAUAGUUUACAGAAAGCAAUGAAUUUCGCAAUUUAUAGUGUAUCAGUUUUCACGGUAUAAAGUUCUCGCAAUGAUGCGCGUAUAAACCUUGUGAGUUUCUGAUUGUUGCUGUUGACGUUGCCAAUUGAAAAAAAGAUGAGCGCAGCACUGGAGGAUCAGGAUCGCAUACAAAAGCGCGUCAAUAAAAUCCUUGAGACACGCCUGGAAACGGACAAGGACACGCUUGAUGCGCUAAAUGGACUCUCCAGCUUUUUCACAGAGAAUACCCUGCAGAAUCGUCGCAAUCUGCGCAGCCAAAUCGAACAUCGCUCCGUUGGCAUCAAUGAAAAUUUCCUAAAGGCCUUUCGUGAGGUGAAGCUCACAUUGGAUGCCGUGUGCACGGAUCUGGACACGAUGGCCACGUCGGUACAAACCAUGAAGACGGAUCUGGAAACAUCCAAAGCGCUGACGAAGGAUCUGAUCGAAGAGACAAACAAAAUGCAACAGGAGCGCGAGCGAUUGGAGGUGCAUCAACAAAUAGCCCAGGCAUUUUUGGCGCGCUUUCAGCUUAGCGUGCCGGAGCAUCAGCUGCUCUACGGCACCGCCAAGGAUGCGCCCAUUGUGACCGAGUUCUUCAAUGUGCUUGAUCGCGUACAGUCCAUACAUUCCGAUUGCCGGCUGCUCAUGCAGUGCGGCUACCAGACGGCCGCCCUGGACAUUAUGGAGGAGAUGACGCUGCAUCAGGAGGGUGCACUCGAGCGUCUCUACCGCUGGACCCAGAACCAUUGUCGCAAUCUGGAGAACAAUGAGAUUGGGCCGCUCAUUGUGGAGGCCAUGAGUCGCCUGCAGGACAGGCCGGUGCUCUUCAAAUACGUCAUCGAUGAGUAUGCGAUUGCGCGUCGCGCCGUGCUGGUGCGCCAGUUCAUCGAGGCCCUCACCGAGGGUGGACUCGGCGGCAAUCCGAAGCCCAUUGAGCUGCAUGCCCACGAUCCCAAGCGCUAUAUUGGGGACAUGUUCGCCUGGCUGCAUCAGAGCAUACCCAACGAGAAGGAGAACCUAACGCUGCUCUUCAAGAAGUGCGACAAACAUGAUAUUUCGGAGCAAAUGCAAAAGGCGCUCAGCUACAUAGCCGACGGUGUCUGUCAUCCGCUUAAGGUGCGCGUGGAGACCAUCUUGAGCUCGGAGCAGGACACCAUCAUAUUGUUUACCAUCUCGAAUCUGUUGCGUUUCUAUCAGCAAAUCAUGAAGCAGGUGGUGCAGGGCGGCAGCCUGGAGCAGUGCCUCAUCGAGCUGCAGCAGAGCAGCGAGCAAAUCUAUUUAAAUGCCCUGGCCGCCCAGGUGCGCAGCGUGCUCCAACGGCCAGCGGGCAGCAGUCUGGCACUGGAGCCACCGCAGCGCGACCUGGUGCCGCCGGCAAGCGUAUCGCGCCUGCUCAAUAUACUGAAAGAGAUCCUCUCCGUGGCGACCAUGGUGGACGGUCGCCAGGCGGACAUAACCAAAAUUGUGACCUGUGUUAUCGAUCCGCUGCUGCAGUCGGUGCAGGAGAGCGCCGCCCAUUUGCCGACCGUGGACAUGGCCGUCUAUUUGCUCAACUGCUUGUAUCACAUGCAGAGCACCUUGGCGGUGUUCGAGUACAUGGAUGAGCGCGUGGAGCGGCUGCAGGCACAGUCCGAUGCACAGCUGGACACGCUCACCUCCGAGCAGGCCUCCUCGCUGGUGGCCAAUCUCAAUCUGGGCCCCAUCUACACCAUACUGCAGAGCAAUCAGACCAAGAUCGAGACCAACUUGCUGAAGAUUUUCAUGUCCAAAAUGGACGCAUUCCUGGAACUGCCCGAUGUGCUGCUAUUGCCGCAGGUGCAGCUAAUCAUGUCCAGCAGUCAUCGCAGCACCGUGCAGCGUCGCGCCUUCAAUGUCAUUGUCGCCAUCUACAAACAGAUCUAUGAGCGUGUACACGAUCCGGCCAAUGGCUUCGAGCAGCCCGACCUGCUGCUGCACAAAACGCCCGAUCAAGUGGCACGCAUAUUGGCCACCUAAUAACCUUUUGGACUCCCAGCUCAUGCCUAUUUAUAUAUAUAUAUAUAUACAUAUAUUAUUAUAUAUGUUUACUGUACUUCAUUUCUAUUGUUAUGCCUGUUGUCCCGCCUUUCGUAUACCCUUACCCGUGUGUCAUCCCACGUACAGUUAGCUACACACUGUAAGUACAGUAUAUAUUCUCAUAGUAGAACAAAGGCAAGUCAACUACAGUGAAACGAACCUUGUUAUACCCUGCUACCUCUCUCCCUAAGUAAUUGUUGUAAAUUGAAACACUUGAUGGAUCUUUUAGUCUUGUUCAUUUUAGGGAAUGUGCUCUGUAUAUUUUUCGUAAUUUUCCGCUAAAUAUUAUUCAAGUGUAUUUAAGCUUAGUUUGGCAUUUCUUUGCAUACCCUUCCAUCGAGUAUUACAAUUUGUUCAUGCAAUAUGUAACGCAUAGACGAAGAUAUUACCUACCUCUUAUAUACAUAUAUAUAUUCUUGAUCAGUAUAUGGUAUGCAAGCUUUACUAUUCUUUUCAAUUAUCUGUAAAACCUGGUAAACCAUAUUUAGACAAGGGUAUUUCAUGUUCGGCGCGGCAAGUUAGUCGUGCUCCCAAGCUAUUUGUUGUUUAUUUUUUUUUCGCGCCUAUUCAAAAUGCACAAUAGACUCUUUACGCU